AAUGGAAAGAUGGCGGCCUCCAUGGCUGCCGCGGAGGCGCCGUCUGCAUCCGCCCCGCAGCUCCCCGUGUGCCUGCUGGUGCUGGGAAUGGCGGGAUCUGGGAAGACCACGUUUGUGCAGAGGCUCACAGGCCACCUGCAUAGCCAAGGCUGCCCGCCUUACGUUAUCAACCUGGACCCAGCAGUGCACGAGGUUCCGUUUCCUGCCAACAUCGAUAUCCGUGACACUGUGAAGUAUAAAGAAGUCAUGAAACAAUACGGACUCGGGCCCAAUGGUGGCAUAGUGACAUCACUCAAUCUCUUUGCUACCAGGUUUGAUCAGGUGAUGAAAUUUAUCGAGAAAGCCCAGCACGUAUCUAAAUAUGUUUUGAUCGACACCCCUGGACAGAUUGAAGUCUUUACCUGGUCAGCUUCGGGGACAAUCAUCACUGAGGCCCUGGCAUCUUCGUUCCCCACGGUCGUCAUUUAUGUGAUGGACACAUCUCGGAGCACCAAUCCAGUGACCUUCAUGUCCAAUAUGCUCUAUGCCUGCAGCAUCUUGUACAAAACCAAGCUGCCUUUCAUUGUGGUCAUGAAUAAAACUGACAUCAUUGAUCACAGCUUUGCGGUCGAAUGGAUGCAAGAUUUUGAGACUUUCCAAGAUGCCUUGAAUCAAGAGACAACAUACGUCAGUAACCUGACCCGUUCCAUGAGCCUGGUGUUGGACGAGUUUUACAGCUCCCUGAGGGUGGUGGGCGUCUCCGCCGUGCAGGGCACAGGCUUGGAUGAACUUUUCGUGCAAGUCUCCAGCGCUGCCCAGGAGUAUGAACGGGAGUACCGUCCUGAGUAUGAGCGUCUGAAGAAAUCCCUGGCCAAUGCACAGAGCCAGCAGCAGAAAGAACAGCUGGAGCGUCUUCGGAAAGACAUGGGAUCUGUUACCUUGGAAACCGGGCCUGCUACAGACAGCUCCUCUCCCGUGCUGGACCCUUCGGACCUGAUCCUGACGAGGGGAACCUUGGAUGCAGAGGACGAGGAAGCAGACAGUGACACCGACGACAUUGACCACAAAGUUACAGAGGAAAGUCACGAAGAGCCGGCGUUCCAGAAUUUUAUGCAAGAAUCAAUGACACAAUACUGGAAGAGAAACAACAAGUAGUUUCUUGAAGCCCCUUACUCUUGAAGUCUUUGUAAAGAAAUGACCUCAAUCUGUGAGGUUUUGAAAGAGGAUCCUUGCAUUGAGAAGAGCAGCUUCUCCUGUUUGGGAAAUGGCUCAGAGACAGCCAGAGAUAGAAAGAAGCCCUUGGACAGAUAUUUGGAGGCCAGCUCUCCCGGAUUUAAGCAAGGAAGACAGUGCUUCUGGCUCCUAGGUGCUGAUUGUCUUUCAGGCCUAAAGCAUGAAAGUUUUUAUCAUUUGAACUUUGCUCCUGCUGUAUGGAAUUGAUAAAAA